UGUACUACCUGACUUAACUUGACACUGAGUCUAUGACGAGCCCAGAACCAGACGGAGUCAUGAUGAAGUGGGCUGUAGUCCUGUGUGCCCUGGUGGCCAUCUCCGAGUGCAAUGUCAAAAUCUCUAUGAUGCUAGGGAGAACCUGAUGGAGAAGGGUAUAUGGGAGGAGACCAGACAGGAAUUCCCUUCCAACCCAAUGGCCAAGUUCAAUUUCCUUUCCAACUCAAAAACCAAGUCGUCUCAGUCUAUUGGAAAUGAAGCUAUGACCAACGAUGCUGAUUUGGCCUACUAUGGUGUGAUCUCCAUUGGAACUCCUCCCCAGUCCUUCAAGGUCAUCUUCGAUACUGGCUCCUCCAACCUGCGGGUGCCCUCUGUAGAGUGCUCCAGCCAAGCCUGCCAGAACCAUGCCAGAUUCAACCCUGCAAAGUCCAGCACCUUCAAGUGGGCGAACGAGUCCGUUUCGGUUCAGUACGGAACUGGCAGCAUGACUGGACAGUUGGGAUAUGACACAGUUUCGGUGGGAAACAUCGCCGUGAUCAAGCAGAUCUUUGGUGCCAGUCAGACUGAAGCUACCUUCAUGACCAACAUGGAUGCAGAUGGCAUCCUGGGACUGGCAUUCCCUGACAUAUCAUCCUCUGGGGCCACACCUGUCUUUGACAACAUGAUCACCCAGGGCCUGGUGAACCAGAGUCUCUUCUCCAUCUACCUGAGCGGAAGCUCAGGAAACAGUGUGGUGUCCUUCGGUGGUAUUGAGUCUAACUACUACACUGGACAGAUCACCUGGGUUCCCCUGUCCUCAGAGAGCUACUGGCAGGUCAGCAUGGCCAGUGUUACAAUGAACAGCAAAGUUGCGGCUUGUACUGGUGGCUGCCAGGCGAUCGUGGACACUGGAACCUCUCUGAUUGUCGGGCCAGACAGUGACAUCAACAAUAUAAACACCUUGAUCGGAGCCACAACAGACCAGCAAGGAGAUGCCAUCGUGAACUGCAACAACAUCCCUAACUUGCCCUCUGUGACCUUCACUCUCAACGGACAUGCCUUCACUCUGCCAGCAUCUGCCUACACCACCCAGACCUCCAACAUCUGCAUAACCGGUUUUGGUACUGGCUCCCCAGACCUUUGGAUCCUCUGGGAUGUUUUCAUCCGGCAGUUCUACACAGUCUUCAACAGACAGAACAACACGGUCGGCCUGGCCCAGGCUGUCAAUGCGGUCAAGGGGGUCUCUCUGACCGCGGCUCCCGGAGGCUGCACUCACACGACCAUCAACUUCCUCCUUACUGCCGUCUGCGUGUCAUUGGCUGUGUUCACUCAGGCAGACCAUUCAUGAGCUUUCCCCGCUAGUCUGUCUUUUGACCAGUCAUUUCGAUUUUUAUAUUCUCAUUUGAAAAGAUCUGGUGUGAACAUGAACAAGACAUUUGUGGGAAACGAUUGGAAUCGUUUUAACAGCCAAGAAGGUCUACACAAUUUUUAUGUAUUUUUAAGAGUGUAACGAGAUCAGCUAGCAUUUAAUAUCAUGGACUUUUCCAAUAGAUACUCGUAUGUUAUGUACAGUGCCUUGCAAGAGUAAUUGAAAUCCCUGACCAAUUCUCUAAAUCUACUGAAUUAAAAAUAGCACACUGA